AUGGUGAUAGGCCUUAGCGGUCAUUAUGGUAAACUUGGAGUGCAUGUUGGCGCGCGACCGUACUUUUUUAUAUCUAUAGCGGUUUUAUUAUCAUGUCCAGCAUUUUUUGGACUAUACUAUUUGUAAGUUCAUCAUCAUAAUGUUUCAUAGUGAUGAGAAUACUUAUUAGCCUAAAGACAUGUAAAAAUCAAACCUUAAUUUUAUAAAAAUGCAUGUGACAGAAAAUGAAAAGUAAAAAGCUUUUUCUUAUACCCAUUCAGAUACUAGGUUGUUCAAAUAAUUCUGUGAUCCUAACCAGGGACGUCGCUACAAAUUUUCUCUAGGGAAGGGGGAGGUCGAAAAAAAUUUUUUCGUCCUACCUGUGGACCGAUUUUUCAAAAUUUUUAUUUAUCGUUUUUUCACGUACAGGUACCUACCUGUGGAUCCCCCCCCCCUCCUACCCCCUCCCCCAAACGACGUCCCUGAUCCUAACCCCAAAAAUUCGUUCUUAAAGAAAGCACAGAAUUAUUUGAACAGCACAACAAGUAAUUAUUAUACCUACAAAAUCUUAUACUAUUAAAAAUUCCAGCCCCUACCUAGACCAACGUUUAUCAGAACAAUUCAUUGAGCCCUAUGCUCAAUCACUUGAAGAAGUCAAAGCGCAAAAAACGUUUUUUAAUCUACAUGGUGAACCAUGGUAUAUGGCGGUAUUUGCCAUAGCCAAAGAUGGCAAAAACAUGCUCGAUCUAAAUAUUUAUGGAGAAGCUGCCAAAUUCUAUGAAUCAACGUUAAGCAUGAAUCUGACUUCAGAAGGCGAGCGAUUCAACUUUUCGCAGCUUUGCAAACCAUUAUGUGGCAUUAACGAUCAACUCACCAAACUUAUGGUAAGAUUUGCGACCAAAUAAGUAUGCCUAAUUCAGAGACAGACAUUCAAAUAUAAUUUUUAUUUUAAUCACUUAAUUAAUGCUAUCUUGAAAAUUUAGGAUUACGCAUUUUUCGCCACCAUCAGAUGGCCCGUCUCUCAAAUAAUGGGCUACAAUGUUAACAUUGGAAAACACUUUUUCAAUCGCACGGUAAAUCCAACUACUGGUGAAUUGGAAAAAGCCGACAUUUUAGCUUUAUAUUACACUGCAAUGCAAAGUGACCACCAAAGCACCGAAAAGUUGCGCGUUUUUGAACGUGAAGUGGCUAGGUAAGCCUGUAUAAUAUAAAGGAAAAUCCAAGACUUUUUCUAAAUAUAAUAACAGGCCCCAGUCUAUAAUACAGAAGGCUUCAACUGAAUAACUGAAAAAUAUUAUAUCUUAAAACCGUAUUAUAACAAAGAUUUUAGACUUGCUGAAAUAAUCAACAACAACAAUGGAAGCAGCAUCACGUUAGUAGUACAUGGUACCAAUACAGUUGGAGAACAAAUUAAAACCGGCUUUGAGCAUACUGCUUUCUUCAUUGGUCUUGGUAAGUUUUACAGUACAAAAUCCUAUUUUAGGCAACGCUUUACCCAAAAAAAUAAAGAAACCUACUAUAACAUAACAUAUUAUUUUAAGUGUACUACUGCCAAUUAUCUAAUUUCAGGUGUCCUAAUGUCAACGCUCGCCUACCUCAUCUUGUUCUUCGUAUCUGCAAAACGCCGAGAAUGUUUCAGUUUGGCUAGACUUGGAUUGGCUUUAGUCAGUACAUCAAUCUUAUCAUUUUUGGCUAUUGCAACUGGAGUCGGCUACACAUCAUUAUGUGGAUAUUCAUUGAACUUACUCUUCAUCAUAUCUCCAAUUGUGCCAUUAUUCUUCUUGAAUCGUGAGUUUUCGUUUUUGGCGGAACUUUUUUGUUACCUAAACUUCAAUUGUCGCCACAUGGAAUUCUAUAUUACCUAAAAUAACUUGAGGGCUUACCUUAAAAUAACUUGGAGGCUUACACAUUAGCCUAACAUAACUUUAAGUCUUACCUAGUACCUAAAAUAACAAAAACCUUUAGACUUCCGCUCCAUACUUUACAUCUUCUCCACCUUUGACGAUCAACAACCCAAUGCCAAACGUUCUCAAUGGAACAGAGUCGAAACGUUGGGCGCUUUGUUUGAAAGAAUUGGACCAGUUCAUCUUUUGACUAGCUUGGUACCAGUAUUGGCAUUGUUAUCCAGUUCAUUUUUCGUUAGUCCGGGCUACGCUUCUUUGCUUAUCACUGUUGGAACAGCCUUGUUUUUCCAAUGGAUCUAUCAGGUAGGAUAAUAUAGGGUAAAUCAAUAAAAUUUGAAGUUUUGUGUACCUAAAGUGACCAAAAGUGAAAGAACUUAUUUUAUAUGGAGAGAAAUCUGAAUUAAUCUAGAAAAAUCAUGCAAAACAGAUAUAAAUAUGCCAACUUUUACCUAAAAUAAUAUUCAUUAAUAACUUACGUAAAGAAUCUUCCAGAUCUUCAUAGUAUGCCCUCUCCUAACCUUCACUCUACCAAAAUCAAACAAGCAAUACCAGUCGCCAGAGAAGAAGAUCUCAACGGCUUCCUUCGUCAAAGCUGAAUCCGCCUGUAAUCGAUCUUGUAUUCAGCCAUAUUCUGUUGUUCUUUCGUCUGGAUUAGGUAAAGUUACUGGCUUUUUAUUGCUUGGAUUGUUACUUGGAACUCCAGUCAGAAUGGGACUAGAAAAUCUACGAUCGGAUAUGAACUUCAGGUCCAUUUUGAAAGAUGAUGCUCCUGCUUUUAAAGGGUUUGAGCUUGUGGAUAAGGUAAGGCUGGAAGAAAAUACAAAAAAUUAGAAAUUAAAUUUAGGUAUUAAUUUGCAAUUAUUUUACUUUUAAAAACACAAUUAACAUAAUAAAACAUUUUUUGCCCGAUUAGGCAUCAAAAAACGCAGUUUCUUUUAGACUGAUUGGAUAUUGUAGUAGAUCAUGAAUUCAAAAUGAUAAAUUAAAACUCGUGAUUAUAAAAAAUAUCAUUUAAAUUAAAAAACCUACAUUUCGUCUUGUUUUUGCCAUAAAAAACAAGCCAGAACGAUGAAAACCCAAAAAUUUGUCGUUCGAAAACAAUUUUUUGUUUCCCUACCUGCGGCCGGUGGACGUUCGUAUAAAAUGUCGCUUAUAUCACUUUAGAGAUUUAUCAUUUUGGGAUCAAUUAAAGCUUGAAAUAGCUAUUUAUUAAUAGGUAUUAUGGCAUUUUUUUAGAUGUGGAACGACUUUCAUCAAAUCAUCUUCUUCAUCCGAAGCCCUCCAGACUUUUCGAAUGAGCAAGGUUACACUUUGUUCAGGGUAAGGUUAACAUGUCAAUAUGAUUUUUCAUUUUUUAAAGACAAAUUGGUUUUUAGAAAGUUUUUUUUAAAAUUUUUUAUUUUCAAAAUGUUUAGAAAUUCAUCGACGACGCAGAAGACAUCCCCAACUCUCACCAUCCUUCAGCUCACCAAAGUUGGAUCUUUGAUUACUUCCCAACAGAACUGGCCAUGGAUUAUAAUUCAGAAAAUGCCACUUUGUUUGCUCCUGACAUGAAACGAUUUGAUCAUUUUAUCAAUGGUUUUCCUUACGAUGCGUGGAAGGACGGUGUGAAGUAUCGUUUUGCUGAUGAGAACAAGUAAGUUAUAUUAUCAUAGACAAAACUUUGAAAGUUUGAAGCUUUUAGAUUAAUUUUUUUAUAUUUCUAGAGUAUGUUAGGUAUAAAAAUAAUGUAAAAUAAGUUUUUAAACAUUUUAGUUCUCUGAUUAUUAUCAGUCAUUCCACUAAAGAAUUUGACAACUGCACAGUGCAGUUCGUGGGAAAACCGCGCCUUUUUUUAUUCCACUGCACCGUGCAGAUUCCCCCGCGAUCGCUUGCAACCCCAAACGAUAAGAGAAAGAAUGCACAGUGCAAGCCCCAAUUGUCGCACUGGUCGGUUGUCGCAGGAGUCAGGGGACUUGCGACAGUCAAAAAAAGCUUGUCGCAAACCUUCCAUUGAACACAGUGGUGGUUUGAGCGUUGCGACAACCGCGACACGGUGUCGCAUCGCCUUUUGAAUUGCGACGCGACAGUUUGUCGCAAAACUUUGCACCGUGCGACAUUGCGAUUAACCUCUCGAUGUCGCAGGGUGCAAGCGAAUGUCGCACGACUCGCUGUAUGUCGCGCGACUUCCCCAAAUCCUCGGCGCGACAGCGAUUCCUCCAAAUUGGGGUUUGCGAUUUUGUCAAAUUCUUUAGUGGAAAGACUGAUACCUAAAUUCUUUAAAAUUGCAGAACAAAGCCGAUAAUCGACCGAAUGGUGGUAAUGAUGGCUUAUGACAAAGUAAAAGGUCUUGAUGGUAAAAGACAACUUCUGAAGCAAUGUAGAAGAGUUGUAACGCAGAAUCCGCAGUUAAAUGCUGUAGCUUUCGACACGGAUUCUAUUAAUGUAGAUAUUAUUGAGAAUGUUCUACCAACUUUCUAUGUGUAAGUUCAUGGUAAUGUAAAAUACGGUGAAUCGAACAAUUGUUUUUUAAAAUGUAUAUAGAAAACAUUUAAAAAAUAUUUUUAAACUUAAUGAAUUUUAUUUUAAGAGUUCUCAUAGCCUUCAUAAUCUCAACCUUCACCAUCUCCUUCUUUGUCCUCUUCAACUUUGUAAUGUCAGUUCUAGCAACACUUGGCACGAUAUUUGUAAUAGCAACAUCGUUAGGAAUCACGUUACUGGUUUCCAACUUUUACUUUGACUUAAUGACAUUGUCAAGUUACAUUUUGAUUACUGUAUUCUCAAUUCAAGUCAGUUUGACAUUUGUCGGCGACUUUUUGACUGUUUGGGCACAUGAAAACAGGGUUCAAAGGGCAUUGGCCAGCUGUGGAAGCAAUGUUUUCAAGGUAUGGGUUUUGAUUGAAUUGGGGUAGAUUUUCUAUUCUUUUGGGUAAUAUUGUAAGUAUGGCAACAUCUAUGUAAUGUAUAUUUGAAAGGGAGCUUGAUAAGCCCGACACAUGAAAACCAGGGCCACGGGGCUCAGUUUUGGUCCCGCAACGAAAGAUUUGCUUUGCGAAAAGUGAAAAAAAAUCUGCCCAGCCCCUUUGCAGGGCUAAAUGACGAUUUACUACCUCCAGUUUACAAAAUAUUCUUUAAGAGAAAAUUCAAAAAAAAUUUUUAAAAAUCAUUUUAGGCCUUAUUCCUGACCGUUCUCUUGUUCGGCCCAUUGACAGUGUGCCAUGUCCAACUGUUCCGAUGGCAAGCCUUUUUGGCUUUGUUUGGCACGUUAUCCGGCGUUUUGAGUGCCAUUUUUGUUCAACCUCUGAUCGGCGGUGUUAUACCGACCAAGCUCAUCUCACAAGAGUGUUGCAUUUAA